GAGUCCACUAGUAGUUCAUCCCCACCAUAAAACCUCAGUCUCCCGUUAGAAACAAAACAAGAAGAGAAGACUAGUUUGAGUCGCAAAAUCCACGAUGAUAACAGUUGAAGAAGCUCUGAAAACCGUACUCAGUGUUGCUCAGCGUCUCGAACCAGUAACCGUUCCACUUCACGAAGCUCACGGAAAAAUCUUGGCCCAAGAUAUUCAAGCUCCCGAUCCUCUUCCUCCUUACCCUGCCUCCAUCAAGGAUGGCUAUGCAGUGGUUGCUUCGGAUGGUCCUGGGGAGUAUCCGGUGAUUACCGAGUCUCGGGCUGGAAAUGAUGCUGUUGGUGUGGUUGUCACUUCUGGAACUGUUGCAUAUGUGACUACUGGAGGGCCUGUCCCUGAUGGAGCUGAUGCGGUUGUUCAGGUGGAAGACACUGAAAGAAUUGAAACUGAUCCUAGUCACCCUAAACGAGUAAGAAUAUUGGCACAAACUAGGCCAGGUUUUGAUAUUCGUCCGGUGGGCUGUGACAUUGAGAAAGAUGACGUGGUGUUGAAAUCUGGUCAUCUUGUCGGUGCCUCUGAAAUCGGAUUGCUUGCCACCGUUGGCGUGACAAUGGUGAAGGUUUAUCGUACUCCAACAGUUGGCGUGCUCUCUACUGGAGAUGAACUUGUUGAGCCUACAACCAGAAAUCUAGGGUGUGGUCAGAUCAGGGACUCCAACCGCGCUAUGCUACUAGCAGCUGCAGUUCAACAGGGUUGCAGUGUUGUGGACCUUGGCAUUGCUCGUGAUGAUGAAACAGAGCUUGAGAAAAUCAUGGACAAGGCCUUUUCUGCUGGAGUUGACAUAAUUUUAACGUCUGGUGGUGUUUCUAUGGGAGACCGAGAUUAUGUGAAACCAUUACUUGAGAAGAGAGGAACAGUCCAUUUCAGCAAGGUUCUUAUGAAACCAGGAAAGCCUUUAACAUUUGCGGAGAUCAAUAUGAAGCCAACUCAGAACGUAAAUGUUAACAAAGUUUUGGCCUUUGGUUUACCUGGAAAUCCCGUGAGCUGUUUAGUGUGUUUCCAUCUCUUUGUGGUGCCUACCAUUCGUUUUCUUUCUGGACGGGCAAACUCUGAUGUUCUGAGGAUUCAUGCCCGCCUUGAGAAGCCCAUCAAAACAGAUCCUGGACGACCUGAAUUUCACCGUGCGAUUGUUACUUGGAAAGAAAACGACGGAUCAGGGAAUCCUGGUUUUGUUGCUGAUAGCACUGGUCAGCAGAUGAGCAGUCGUCUAUUGAGUAUGAAGUCAGCAAAUGCAUUGUUGGAGCUUCCAGUUGGAGGUACCUUGCUUCCUGCUGGGACGUCUGUGGCUGCCAUUGUUAUUUCGGAUCUAAUCAGUUCUCCUAUGAAAAAGGAUUUAUUAGUGCGGAGUUCACCUAGAGAAACUGCAGUGAGCAACUUUCAGGAUGCAGUUCAAGUUGCUAUUCUGACAGUUAGCGACACAGUUGCAUCAGGGGCUGGGCCUGAUCGUAGUGGACCAAGGGCUAUUUCCGUGAUCAAUUCUUCUUCAGAGAGGCUAGGAGGAGCUAAGGUAGUUACAACAGCUGUCGUUCCAGAUGAUGUACCAAAAAUUAAGGACGUUUUACGCAGAUGGAGUGAUGUAGAUAAAGUGGAUCUAAUCAUCACACUAGGUGGGACUGGUUUCACUCCAAGAGAUGUUACUCCAGAAGCAACAAAAGAAGUAAUCGAGAAAGAAACUCCAGGUCUUUUAUAUGUCAUGAUGCAAGAGAGUCUAAAGGUCACGCCAUUUGCUGUGCUGUCACGUUCAGCCGCAGGAAUAAGAGGAUCUACACUGAUCAUCAACAUGCCUGGUAAUCCAAAUGCUGUGGCUGAAUGCAUGGAAGCGUUGUUGCCUGCGCUCAAACAUGGUUUGAAGCAAAUAAAAGGAGACAAGAGAGAGAAACACCCUGGUCAUGUGCCGCAUGCUCAGGCUCUGCCUGUCGAUACAUGGGAUCAGAGCUACAGAACAGCCACUGCCAGUAUUGGAAAGGAGCCUGGCUGUUCGUGUUCACACUAAGUUAAUGAACAGGAUUGUGUAAGCAAGUUGAGGCACAUAAUGACCAGCAUAACUCUCUCCUGUUAAGUAGAAAUCGCGGUGUUUAUAAUGAGGGAACCUCUCAAACCAAUUGGCUAGGAAUGUAUAUGCAUCUUUAGCUGUGCUUAUAUCCCCUGUUUGUUUAUCAAUGAUUGUUACAUUUCCAUACGAGAAUCCCACUCCAGCUGGUGAUUCCAAGAACAUCACAUUUGCCACUGCCAUGAAUAGUACACAUUUUUUAUAUUUCUUAGUUUUUAACUUUUGACAACUUUUAUGUCACCAAAGAGAUUCAUGUUUUUGUACCGUUAUUCCAAGCGUAAGGAUUUCUGAUAAGUGUUUU